UUUUUUGUUACUUUCAUUCAAAGAAAACACAAAGGGAAAACCCUAGCUAGCCUCCAUCGCCGCCGAACGGAGUGACCCAUUGCCGCCCCCCGUGGCUGUCCGAGGAGUCUCUCUUUGUACUGUCGGCGUUAUCCAAGUCAAAUCCCCUGUUCGAUGUCUUCUUCCUCGCUCGGCGCCCAUCCUCCAUUGGAUUCGUCCUGCUCGCGGUCGUCCUGUCGCCAUCGUCUCGUCGCCAUUGUCUCGAAGGCUUCGCAUCUCCUUUGGAGUGGAACUUCACACUCAGCUUCCCAAUGGAUUCUCCAUUGGGUCCUUCUACCAACAACGCUGUAGUUUUACUGACCCUCGACAAUGGUGAGUUUCUUGAUGGUUCCAGGACCACCGUUUCCCUCAACGAUUUCAACACUCUUGAUGUCAUCAAUAAUCUUAGGGGUGAUAGAAUCCACAUCCUUCAUAGCAUUGUAAAGUUUGGCAGGGGGGCACGGGGGAGGUGAUUGCAUCCUCAAAUGUGAAGACGGCCAUGAUUGUGAAUUAAGAAGCUAAGGGAAGGAAUCAAAGGAAUGAGAAGUAGAUGGUAAUAGUUCUACACUGAUAAGAAGGUCUCUUUUGUCGGAGCGUUUGGGAAGAUUUCUUCAAUUUAAUACUAGAGUUCUUGGAUGAUGGUAGCAAAGCCUCUGUGGCAUUCUCACAUACACCUCGUUAAGCAAACACUCGUCGCUAUAAUCAAAGACCUUCCCUUACAUGCUCAUCGACCUCCUUCCCCCUCUCCCUCGUGGACAGAAGAUGCUGUUUCACAAGUGAUUCGGUUCAUCCCCUCAUGCUUCUUUAGGGCCCCUCGCUCGAUUGGCUGCCAAACCAGUUUCCGACACCGCACUCCUCUCCGACAGCGCAACCUCAAUGAAGAACAACGAAAGUUCCACCACAAACUCCUUGUGCUUGGCCCUGCUGCACACAGGGACCCCGGCAGGGUCAACCUUGGUCUUCACAAAGCCCUCCAGUUCUUCCGAUGGGUCGAGACUCGCUUUGGGUUCCACCACACUGAGGUCACGUGUCGCGAGAUGGCAAUUGUGUUGGCCAGAGCAGAUAGAUUCACUGCUCUUUGGGAUUUCUUGAAAGAGAUGUCUGGAAAAGAGAGUUCCAAGCUUGUGACCACAGAGACCGUUACGUGUUUGAUAAAAGUCCUAGGAGAAGUAGGGCUGGCUAAUGAAGCAUUGUUUGCAUUUUAUAGGAUGAGGCAGCUUCACUGCAGACCGGACAUUUAUGCUUACAAUACAUUAAUCAAUGCGCUUUGUAGGGUUGGGAAUUUCAGGAAGGCUAGGUUCUUUCUUGAGCAGAUGGAGUUGCCAGGGUUCCGGUGCCCACCGGAUACAUUUACUUAUACCAUUUUGAUAAGCUCUUAUUGUAGGCAUGCUACACAAACCGGGUGCAAGAAGGCCACAAGGAGGAGGUUGUGGGAAGCGAAUCACCUUUUCCGGCUCAUGCUCUUCAAGGGAUUUGUUCCUGAUGUUGUGACUUACAAUGCCUUAAUAGAUGGUUGCUGCAAGACCUAUCGCAUUGCUAGAGCAUUGGAGUUGUUUGAGGACAUGAAGAAGAAAGGAUGUGUCCCUAAUAGAGUUACUUAUAAUUCUUUAAUAAGAUACUUCAGUGCAGUGAAUGAGAUUGAUAGAGCUAUUGAGAUGUUAAGGGAUAUGCAGAGGUCGAAUCAUGGAGUACCCGGUUCGAGUUCAUACACACCUAUCAUUCAUGCCCUUUGUGAAGUUGGCAAGGUUCUUGAUGCUUGGAAUCUUCUUAUUGAGAUGGUUGAUGGAGGGUUAAUACCUAGAGAGUAUACAUAUGCAUUGGUUUGUGAUGCAGUUUGCAAAGCAGGUGAGAGUAGCUUGUUAGAGGAUGAAGUUCAUAAGAAAAUAAAAGAAGGUAUUAGGAAUAGAUACAGGCAAACAAUGAAAUUCAAACCCAUUAUGGGUCGCAAGGGGUAUCCUGAGAUAGAGGACAUUUGAAUAGUUUGUAAUUACAUUAUUUAUACCAAGGUUUCUUGGUCUUUUUUGUGUGCUAUCAUUGAAAAUUUAUUUCAUAGUUAACAACAGUUUAAACUUUAAA